AUGCCUUCGCCUUCCCGCGAUCACCAGAGUCAAAGCUCUCUCUCUCUCUCUCUCUCAGGUGCUAUAUUUCCUAUGGCGUUUGCAAAUUUUCAUGGACUUAGAGCUCUGCAAAUUUCUUCACGAGAAACCAUUUUCAACCAUGGAAGCUGCCACACACGAACUGAUACAUCCAACAGUAGAUGUUUUGCUGUCAAGGCUUGCAGUAAGAAACCUGAUCAAAACAUUCAUCUUGAAUCUAAGUUAAAUUCGGUGUUGGACAGUGUGAAAUGGGAUGAAAAGGGUUUGGCUGUGGCUAUAGCUCAAAAUGUUGAUUCAGGGGCAAUUUUAAUGCAAGGAUUUGCCAACAGGGAUGCACUUGCUACUACAAUUGCUUCCAAAAAAGCAACUUUUUAUAGCAGAUCAAGAUCAUCAUUGUGGAUAAAAGGAGAAACUUCCCUUAAUUUCAUCAAUGUUCAUGAUAUCUUCCUUGAUUGUGAUCGUGAUUCUAUUAUAUAUCUCGGAAAGCCUGAUGGGCCCACCUGUCACACUGGAGCUGAAACUUGCUAUUACACAUCCGUUUUCGAUGCCUUAGAUGAUCAACCACAGGUUGAAGAAAACAAUAAACUGGCAUUAACAACAUUGUACUCAUUGGAAUCCACACUUUCUAGAAGAAAGGAAGAACUUUCAUCUCCUCAACAAGGCAAACCAUCUUGGACAAAACGUUUGUUGCUUGAUGACAAAUUAUUAUGCAAAAAAAUCCGGGAAGAAGCAGAUGAGUUUUGCAGAACACUGGAGGAAAACGAAGAUGAAUCACGAACUGUGUCAGAGAUGGCAGAUGUGUUGUAUCAUGAAAUGGUGUUAUUAAUUCGCAGAGGAUUAAAAUUUGAAGAUGUUCUUGAGGUUCUUAGAUGCAGAUUUACUCAAUCAGGGAUCGAAGAAAAAAAUAACCGAAAACCAAAAAUCAUCAACUGA